UCUUCUCAAAGCAGGGAGGAGAGCGUUUCCCAGCUGGCACGGGCCCCAGGAGCAGUGGCCGUGGGAAGCAGAGUGCUGCCGGUCAUCAGCCAUGGCCUGGACUUCCGUCCUGCUCAUGCUGGUGGCCCACCUGGCAGGUUGUGGCCCUCAGCCCACGCUGCAUCAGCCACCGUCUGCCUCUUCCUCGCUUGGAACCACCAUCCGCCUCUCCUGUGCCCUGAGCAGCAACCAUAACAUCAACAUUUACAGCAUUUACUGGUACCAGCAGCAUCCAGGCCACCCUCCCAGGUUCCUGCUGAGAUAUUUCUCACGCUCAGACAAGCACCAGGGUCCCAAGAUACCCCCUCGCUUCUCCGGAUCCAAAGACAUGGCCAGGAACCUGGGGUAUCUGAGGAUCUCUGAACUGCAGCCCGAGGACGAGGCUGUGUAUUACUGUGCCAUGGGGCUCCGGAGCCAGGAAAAGGAGAACUGGAUGGAGAGGGAGAGAGGAGGAGAAAAGUAGUUUACAGAUUCGAAAUCCCAGGCUCUGGAGACAUUCAGACCCUAAACUGAAGGUGCCCUUUGCUUUGCUCAGUUAGGCUGAUAUAGGGAGGAGGGGUAGAGCAUUGGGGCUUCACAGAGCCAAGAAGAUGGAGCCAUUCAGCUUUUCCAUGUCUUGCAAUG